CGGGGAGCGGAGCGCCCGGCCGGGCAAGGUGAGGGCCAGAGGCUUUGCGGCCGGCCAAGUUUCGGCGGCUUCCGGCUGUGCAGCGAUCGGGAGCUGGGCUCCAGCCCUGAGGACCGGGGACGCUCCGAUCGGCGCGGGCCCGCUGUCGCCGUCUCGCGUCCUCUUGCCUGGAAACGUGUUUAAGCUUUUAAAAUGUCAUCUAUCAAGCACCUAGUUUAUGCAGUUAUUCGUCUCUUACGGUAACAAAGUCAAAUGGAUGCUUAUUCUUCGGAAGAACAAGAAAGUUUGGAAGUUGCAAUUCAGUGCUUGGAGACAGUUUUUAAAAUCAGCCCAGAGGACACCCAUCUAGCAGUUUCACAGUCUUUGACAGAAAUGUUCACAAAUUCCUUCUGUAAGAAUGACAUUCUGCCUCUCUCAAAUUCAGUGCCUGAAGAUGUGGGAAAGGCUGACCAACUAAAAGAUAAAGGCAAUAACCAUAUGAAAGAAGAAAAUUAUGCUGCUGCUGUGGAUUGUUACACACAGGCAAUAGAAUUGGAUCCAAAUAAUGCGGUUUAUUACUGCAACAGGGCUGCUGCUCAGAGUAAAUUAGGUCACUACACAGAUGCAAUAAAGGAUUGUGAAAAAGCAAUAGCAAUUGAUUCAAAGUACAGCAAGGCCUAUGGGAGAAUGGGGCUGGCCCUCACUGCCAUAAAUAAAUUUGAAGAAGCAGUUACAAGUUAUCAAAAGGCAUUAGAUCUUGACCCAGAGAAUGAUUCCUAUAAGUCAAAUCUGAAAAUGCAGAAGUUAAGAGAGGUAUCCAGUCCUACAGGGACUGGACUGAGCUUUGACAUGGCUAGCUUAAUAAAUAAUCCAGCCUUCAUUAGUAUGGCAGCAAGUUUAAUGCAGAAUCCUCAAGUUCAACAGCUAAUGUCAGGAAUGAUGACAAAUGCCACUGGGGGACCUGCUGCUGGAGUUGGGGGCCUAACUGACCUGUCUAGCCUCAUCCAAGUGGGACAGCAGUUUGCUCAGCAGAUACAGCAACAGAAUCCUGAACUUAUAGAGCAGCUUAGAAAUCACAUCCGGAGCCGAUCAUUCAGCAGCAGCGCUGAAGAACAUUCCUGACUUGAUCACGGACCCUAGCCCAGAUUGCAAAUGGUUAUGGCUCUGAAGUGUUUGCUGCAGAUAGUGGCCCCAAACAAACAAAAAAACAAAAAAACUAAAUAAAUCUGUCUAGAGUAUAGGUUUAUCAUGAA